UUGCUAAGUAACAGCUCCUAUGCUCUCCGUGCUUCGCCAAACAGAAGCUAGCUAAAUGCUACGACCCAGAUUUUGGGAAAACCCGAAGCAACAGGCAGUGUGUGUUUGAUGAGAGUGCAGAUUUGAAGCAAUGACCGCUAUAAAAGACGGGGAGUACACGGCUACGAUCUACAAACUGAUUAAAGAUGGUCAGUAUGUGGAUGCCAUUCACAUCCUGAACGGCCAGCUCCAAAAACACACUAAGUCCAGGGCGGCGCUGUCUCUACUUGGUUUCUGCUACUAUCACAUCCAGGACUUCACCAACGCCGCCGAGUGCUACGAGCAGCUCACGCAGCUGCACCCGGAGGUGGAGGAGUACAAAGUGUACUACGCCCAGUCCCUGUACAAAGCUGGUGCUUAUCCCGAGGCCACCAAGGCUUCAUUUGCACUCGACAACCCCAGCAGCCAAACCAAGAUGGUCAAGCUGCAGGCCUGCAUUAAAUAUUGUGAGGAAGAUUAUUCCGCUGCCAAGUCGCUGUUGGAGCAGCUGCCGCCGGACGACCCGGACUACGUCUACAAUAUGGGCUGUUUGCUUUACCAGGACGGCAAGUAUGAGGAGGCCUGCAGGAAGUUCAUGUCCGCCAUGCAAGUGCUGGGAUACGUGCCAGCGUUGUCCUACAACAUCGCCCUGACUUAUUACAGCCUGAAGAACCACAAUCAGGCCCUCAAGUAUAUCGGGGAGAUCAUAGACCGUGGAAUCAAGGAACAUCCAGAGCUGAGUGUCGGGAUGACGACCGAAGGCAUCGACAUCCACAGCGUGGGAAACACGCUGGUCCUGCAUCAGUCGGCCCUGAUCGAAGCCUUUAACCUCAAAGCUGCAAUCAAUUAUGAGCUGAAGAACUUGAAAACAGCUCAGGAGGCUCUGACGGACAUGCCCCCGAGAUCAGAUGAGGAACUGGACCCAGUGACACUCCACAACCAGGCUCUGUUGAACAUGGACACGAAGCCAUCGGAGGGCUUCGAGAAGCUGGCCUUCCUCCUGCAGCAGCCCUCAUUCCCCCCCGUCACCUUUGGAAACCUGCUGCUGCUCUACUGCAAACAUGAGUACUUUGACCUGGCAGCUGAUGUCCUGGCAGAAAACGCACAUCUCACCUACAAGUUCCUCUCCCCGUACAUGUACGAGUUUCUUGAUGCUUUGUUGACUUGCCAGACGGCACCAGAGGAGGCUUUCAGGAAGUUUGAAGAGAUGAACGGAAAACUGGCGGAACAGCUACGCAAGCUAACGAAGCAGCUGCAGGAAACCAGGCUGGCUCGAGAUGAGGAACUGCAGAAGAAAGCUGUGCAGGACUUCGAACUGAUGCAGGAAAAGUACAUCGUUGUCCUCAUGGCUCAGGCUAAGAUCUACUGGAACCGCGAGAACUUCCAGAUGGUGGAGAAGAUUUUCCGCAAGUCGGUGGAGUACUGCAACGAUAACGACACCUGGAAGCUGAACGUGGCUCACGUGCUCUUCAUGCAGAACAAGUACAAGGAGGCUAUCGGCUUCUACGAGCCCAUCGUCAAGAAGCACUACGACAACAUCCUGAACGUGAGCGCCGUGGUCCUAGCCAACCUGUGCGUGUCCUACAUCAUGACGAGCCAAAACGAAGAGGCUGAAGAGCUGAUGAGGAAGAUCGAGAAAGAAGAGGAGCAGAUCUCCUACGAUGACCCCGACAAAAAGGUCUUUCACCUCUGCAUCGUCAACCUGGUCAUCGGGACGCUGUACUGUGCAAAGGGAAACUACGACUUUGGCAUCUCCCGUGUCAUCAAGAGCCUGGAGCCUUACAACAAGAAGCUGGGGACGGACACAUGGUUCUACGCCAAGCGCUGUUUCCUGUCCCUGCUGGAGAACAUGUCCAAACACAUGGUCAUGCUGAGGGACACCGUGGUGCAGGAGUGCAUUCAGUUCCUGGAGCACUGCGAGGUUUAUGGGAAGGAGGUGCCGGCCAUCAUCGAGCAGCCUCUGGAGGAGGUCCGCAUUCACAUCGGCAAGAACACCGUCACCUACGAGGCUCGGCUUCUCAAGGCCCUGUUCUACGAGGUGAUUGGCUGGAACAAGUGACAUCACACAGGUGUUACCGGCUGAGUUAUGACAGUUUAAUAAGUUCCACAGAAACUUGGUUUAAAGACGGUCAGAACACAGUGACGUGUUUCUGUGGAGCUUUCGUGUGGCUUCUCUGCGCUGGGACACUUCUGACUGAAGGACGUGAUCUCAGUGAGCAGAUCUGAUAUAAUCACAGUUAACAGACUGCAUUUAUCAUCACUAUGAACACAACGGUUUGUAGAACAGACUUUAGUUUUAUUGGUUAUGUUUAUUUCACUAACAUAAACAUACAUGAUGAUAGUAAUGUAAGUUUAUCUCCAUGCAUUCGGUUCAUGCAGAUCCUCUGCAGCCGGUGCUCCCAACUCUGUUUGUCGAUUAAAUAUGUGUGAAAAACAAUAUGAUUUAAAGUAAAUAAAGAUAUUUUUAGAACUCAA